UCUUGGAUGGAGGUGGGUGCUUCGAUAGGCUUAACCUAGUGGAUCAGGCCUUUCGAUUGGUCCUGGGCCCUUAACAUUGGGCCAGGGUAUGAACAGUGCCCCUACUUGAGCCCAAAUCUUUUAAAGUUUGGGUUCAAGUAUUUAACUCGGGUUCGUAGUCGACUUGUUUGAAAGAACACGGAUCUUGGAAACCGACGUGAUUUUCGCAACUUUUGGUUUCUGACAGUUACGUCAAUUCAAGCGUCGUGUCCGUUGAGGGAUUAUUUAGGGAUUUGAGGGCUUUGGUAACGGUGCAGUCUCAUUAAUGACUGCCUCGUUUUUACCAUUAUGCCCCUUAGCCUUUUUUAUAAAUACUUUCCCUCUCUUUCCAUUUUCCGUUUCUGCAAUCUUUCAAACUUUCUCCUUAUCUUGUUCGUACUGUAUCCUUGUGUUCGAAGACUUCCGUUCUUCUCCAACCUCCAUUUUCGGAUAAAGGUUUUCUGCCACUUUCUUCUUUAUAAAAAAUGGCCUCUGUAGACAUUCUUUCUCAGUGGGUUGACGAUACGGUCCUUGGGGAGGAACCGUUGGUUGACGCUGAGUUUAUCACCCACCUUCGUACUCACCAUAGGCUCUGUACUUCGGACGAGGACGAGCCCAAAUAUGAAUUGAUAAUCCCGGGUCCUGAAGACCGGGUCUGCUUUGGGAGAGUUGAUGAGGCGACCCCUCACUUUUUCUUUAUGUAUGAAUGCAUGAUCACCCGUUUGGGUGUUUUUCUUCCUUUCUCGGAUUUUGAGAUAUCCGUUCUGCACCACUGUAAGGUUGCCCCUACUCAACUCCACCCCAAUUCCUGGGGUUUUUUGAAGAUUUAUCAGUUUAUAAGCCACGCUCUGGACUUCCCGACUUCCUUGAGAAUCUUCUUUUAUCUUUUCCAUAUGACUAAGCCCUUUAGUGGGCUAAACAAUAAACAACAAUGGGUAUCCUUCCGAGCCAUUCAAGGUCGGAGGAUUUUCACCCUUUUUGACGAAUCUUUCCACGACUUCAAAAAUUUCUUCUUGAAGGUUCAAGCCGUAGAGGGUCACCACCCCUUUUUUCUGGAUGAGCAUUCCUCCCCUCGCUUUCCCCUUUACUGGCUGCCAGCCACCCCUUGCGAAAAGAUUGGUCUAGAUGACCUAGACGAGGUGGAGGCGGCCAUUGUAGGGUUUUUCCGAGAAGCGUGGGGGAAGUCCCCAUACUUGGAUACCAGGAAAAUUCUUCAGGGUACACCGACCUUCGUUCAAUCUCAAAUAGGUAGUGCAUGCAUUCUUUAUUUCCGAGUUGUUUCCGCCGACUUACAUUUUGCCGACGAGUUGUUGACUUACAUUUUACCAACUUGUAACUCGGUUGUUAUUUGUUUUCUUUUGUAGAUAUGGCAAAAAAGAAUGCUCAGGAGGCCUACCAAAGGGUCCGGGAGGCUAAGGCGAAG